AUGACAGGCAUUAGAAAACCUGCCCUAAACAUCAGAUGGAAGCCGCCGUUGACCAACUGGGUAAGGGUCGGAGGGACGGCUGGAUCGAUGAGGAGGGAGACAAUUGUCUCCAAGGCAGAAAAAGCAACCAUUAAGAUUAAGGAUAAACCUGAAUCAACCAAUUUGCCAGCGGGGGGGAAAUACCCUCAAAGAGAGCCCUCUGGGAAGAAUAUUAGUAGCGCUCGCCUUGGGAAGAAAAGGAUCCCUGCUGUAUCAGAUAAGAGUAAAGCUAUGGUGGUUUCAUUGCCGAGAGUGAAGGAGAAGAAACAAAACGUAAAGGAUGAGAAGCAAGCGAGGAUUGUCUCCCAGCAUAUCAAGAACGCGCUUGACAAAGAAGAUGAAAUAGAGAAGUUGAGCCUUGAUCAGCAAAUUCAGUUCUGGAGGAAUACGACCAAAUUAAACAUGAAAUUGCUCCAUGCCACAAAGCGUAGUAAGCGCCUUCAAUGGGAUGCUUGUUCUAAGGAGAUACAUAGGCUGAACCGGAAAUUGGAGUUUUACGAAGGAACUGCUGACCUGAUUGAUCCCCAGGACCUGAAGAAAAGUGUGGAGGAGAUUAUGUCCAAGAGUGACAGGCAUACAAGGGCUGCACAUGUGAAGAGGAAAAGAAGUGUUGACAGCAUUGGCAAGGCACAAGCUGAGCAGGAGGGAGACAGUGUUGGCCAAGACGAGGAUGAAGAGACUGGAGGGGAAUAUAAAGAGGAAGAGAUGGAAGACAGAGAGCAUGAGGAGAAAGAGGAAGAUAGAGAGCAAGCACUGAGUGAGGGAGAUAGAGAGCAAGAGAAUAGAGAGGAGGAUAGAGAGCAAGUAGUAGUAGAACAGGAAGAUAGCUUGCAGGAGAAUAAACUUGUAGAUUCAUCGGCAUCUGAGAAAGUGGAAGUUAGAGAGGAGUACUUUGAAGUGGAAGUUAGAGAGCAGGAGAUGAAAGUACAUGAGAAAGAGGAAGAGCUAGCGCAGAUGUUUGAAGAAGAGAAGGAAGAAGAGAAGGGCAGUGCGGAGAAAGUAUAG